AUGGGGCGGCGAGCCGGCGACAUAGAGAGAAGGAGACCCGACGAGGCGGCAAAGACGGUCGAGUCCUCGACCUCUCACGACCGCGACGACAAUUUUUACAGCCAAGGCCACGGUAUAAACACGACGGCGCGAAGCACAACCCUCUUCAACAACGGGCUGAGGGGCGGCAAGUCGUGCUUCCCCGGUUCGAUUCUGGUGACUGGAACCAACUUCUGCCCUCCGAACAAUGCCCUGCCCAACAACCCUGUGGGUGGUGAAUCCACCCCUCCGCCGCUUUGA